AUGGGUGCUGUUGGGGUUUGGAGAAGUGGCCUCCUAGGAAAUGAAGAACUGAGGGAGAUUGUAAAGCACAGUGUGCACGCAAGAAGCAGAGAGAGAGAGAGAGAGAGAGAGAGAGAGAGAGAGGUCUCUAAUGACGUGGGAAAGGGGCUUAGCCGCCGAGGGGCAAAGAGAGGUGUGGCUGUGGUGGUAGGCGCAGGGAGUAGGGAUGGCGGGGCUGGGUACUAUUGGGUAGGUGGGGAAGGCGGCUGA